GUCGGUGCUGUCUGCCUGACACUCUGCAACUCGGCCUCACCAGCUGGCAGCCCUGGGAGUGUGGCAGCUGCGGUUCAAACACUGUCUCAUGGGGCACUGGCCUUGCACCAGGCUGGGCAGAGGUGGGAAGCUGCUGCAAGUUCACAGGCCUCUCCAUGCCUGUGAAUAUAUGUCAAGUGAAGAGCUGGCAGUGAGUGGGCAAGGCAAGGCAGCAGCUGCCAAGAGGAAAUUACCACCCAGCAAGCAAGGCUGGAGGGAAGUAGACUGGAUGACAGGGAGGAAUGGGUGGAAAAUGUCCUGGCAGUCACUCACAAGUGUGCUGCUCCCUCAUUUGAAAGUGCAGCUAUGGGCAAGCAAACUAACAUGACUUGGGUAAGAUGGCCCAAAGAGUGAUGAGAGAGCAGCCAAUGUUACUGCUAAACCAUUCUCCAUCGUAUCUGAAAGGUCACGGAGUAUGGGAGGGGUGCCUGAGGACGCCCCCUUUUCCUUUUUUGGAGGAAAACCAAUGUCGCUCCAGUCUUGAAAAAGUGCAAGAAGGAGGACCUAGGAAACUAUAGGCCAGUCAAUCUCACCCUCAUCCUUGGAACAACCCAUCCUGGAUGUCAUCUCUAAGCAAGUGGAGGAAAAGGGGGCUAUCAAGAGUAGUCAACAUGGAUUCACCAAGGGAAAUGGACGGGGUUAGUGGGCAGUGAGGUAGAUUGAGAACCGGCUGAGUGGCGGAGCUCAGUGUUUUGAUCAGGCUAGUUGGAGGGCUUUAGCAAGCAGUGUUCCCAGGGGUCAGUAGGGGGUCCAGUCUUGUUCACCUUAUUAAUCAGUCACCUGAAUGAAGGGACAGAGUGUACCUGCACUAAGUUUGAUCAUGAUACAAAACUAGGGGGAGUGGCUGACACACCACAGUGCUCUGCGGCCAUGCUGCAACACCUGGACAGGCACAGGAGCUGGGUAGAGAGGAACCUAGUGAAGCUCAAAGAAGGGAAGUGCAGGUCCUCCACCUGGGGAAGAAAAACCCAGGGCAUCAGCACAGGCUGGGGGCUGACCUGCUGGAAAGCAGCUCUUUAGAGAAGGACCUGGGAGUCCCGGUGGUCAACAAGAUAGCCCUUGUGGCCAAGAAGGCCAGUGGUAUCCUGGGGUGCCUUAGGAAGAGUGUGGUCAACAGGUCGAGGGAGGUGAUCCCGCCCUUCUACUCAGCCCUGGUGAGGCUGCAUCUAGAGUACUGUGUCCAGUUCUGGGCUCCUCAGGACAAGAGAGACCUCAACAUGGAGCAGGUCCAGCAGAGGACCAUAAAGAUGGCUGGGGGACUGAAGCAUAUUGCUUAUGAGGAAAGGCUGAGAGAACCAUUGUUUGUCCUGGAGAGGAGGCAGCUGAGAAGGGACCAUCAAUGUUACAAAUAUCUUUAAGGGCAGCUGACAAGAGGAUGGGACAAGACUUUUCAGUGGUACCCAGCGACAGGAAAAGGGGCAAAAGGCACAAACUGAAACACAGGAAGUUCCAUCUGAAUAUGAGAAAAGUCUUCUCUACUUUGAGGUUGACAGAGCACAGCGACUUCUCCCCUUUGCAGCUUAUUUUGAAAGGAAAGGUAUGAUUGCAAUGUAAUGUAUCAUAAGUCAUCAAGAAUAGAAGGCAAAUAAAAGCAUUGGGGCUUUUUAGACUGCAUAGCCCUAGAGCUGCAAAUGGGUCUGCUGAUUUUAGCACAGCAGUCCCCACACCCACAGCUCAUUGGAACACUCUGUAUUGCUCAUAGAUACUCGUGUUUCAAAGUUGGGUUGACACAGAGAAGAACGAAUACAGCCAGUGAGCCAGUGCAAGCUGGGAGCUGCUGGUUUUGUUUGUUUUCACUCCUGGCCAGUACUGCAGCUACCAGGUUAAAGCAUCUCCUUCCUUUCAAGUUUUUUUCCAGAUGCAACAUGAGAGCUCCCAAAGUUUAUCUCAGACACUGAGAUAUGUAAUAGCUGCAAAAGGCCAGGCGCUUGGCACGAGGCUGCCACAUGCUCUGUGAUGUCCUGCACAGAACUCCCAGGCAUGCAAUAGCCUGGGAAGAGCAAUGCCGUGUGCCAAAAUAGCCAUUUUAGGAUGUGUAAGAUCUGUGUGUACCCUGUAACUACUCUGAGAAUACCCUGUAAAUACACCUAGCAGAAGGAGCACAUGUUGCCCAUGCACCUGACAGAUAUGUGCGUACGUGCCUGUCUGAGAAAUGUGUCUACUAGUGAUGGAUGUAAAUAUUUCCUAAAUUUUGCCAGAACAGUGGGAAAAUCCAAUGAAACCAAGGUGUUCACAGGGAUGGAGUACAUCUCCUAUGUAUAUCUCCACACAGGUUGAGAGAGUUGGUGUUGUUCAGCCUGGAGAAGGCUCUGAAGAGACCUUAGAGCAGCCUUCCAGUACCUGAAGGGCCUGCAGGAGAACUGGAAAGAGACUUUUUACAAGGGCAUGUAGUGACAGGACAAGGGAAAUCUGACAGAGAGUAAGUUUAGGUGAUAUAUUAAGAAGAAAUUCUUUAGUGCAAGCAUGAUGAGACUGGAACAUGUUGCCCAGAGAAGCUGUGGAUGCCCCAUCUCUGGAAGUGUUCAAGUGUUGGAUGGAGCUUUGAGCAACCUGAUCUAUCCUGGUCAUCCCUGCCUAUGGGAGGGGGAUUGGAACCAGAUAAUUAUCAAGGUCCCUUCUAAUCAAAACCAUCCAGUGAUUCCAUGAUUCUGUAAAAUUGUGGCUUAAUUCCUUACUCUGCUAGGGGCAUAAAGAGAGCUAGUAGCGGUACGGUAACUUGCUGUCUGGAUGUCUGUAAGAAUCUGGUGGGUAUGUGAAUAUUCUGGCGGGUGGUUGAACAUUCUGGUGGACACUUGGACGUGCUGGUGGAUGUAUGCGCACGGGUGGACGUGCGGGCGCAGCGGUGGGCGCAGGGACAGCCCGCGGUCCCGGCGGGAAGGGCGGCCCGGGCCCUGCUCCGCCCCCGCUGGCCCGCAGGGGGCGCGCGCCCGCCUCGGCCGCGCUCAGCGCCCGCCCCGCUGGGCCCGGGGGAUCCGGGGCCGUUGCCGGGGCUCCGAUCGCUCCCCUCAGGCGGGGAUGGCGGCGGAGGACGAGGCGGAGCUGAGCCUGCUGGAGUGCCGGGUGUGCUUCGAGCCGUACGGCCCCGACGGGCAGCGGCGGCCGCUCAACCUGCCCUGCGGGCACGUCCUCUGCCGGGGCUGCGUGGGGGCCCUGGCCGGCGCCGAGCGCCAGAGGCUGGAGUGUCCCUUCUGCCGGCGGCUCUGCGGCCCGGCCGAGACCAGCGACUGCCGCCCGCUGCUGCAGCUGCUGGAGCUCCUAGGCCCCGCCGGCGGCGGCCUCGCCUCGGCCCUGGGCAGGAGCGGCGGAGGGGCGGCGGCGGCCCCCGCGGGGCUCGGGCUGCGGCUGUGCCUGGGGGGCUGGGGGUCGCUGGUGAACCCCACCGGGGUGGCGGCCUGCCCCGGGUCGGGCCGCCUGGCAGUGGCGCACGACGGCAAGAAGAGGAUCCACGUCUUCGGGCCGAGCGGGUUCUGCCUGCGGCGGUUCGGGGAGCGGGGGGACGCGAGCAACGACAUCAAGUAUGCGCUCGACGUGACGGUCACGUCGGACGGGCACGUGGUGGUCACCGACGGCGGAGACUGCUCCGUGAAGGCCUUCGAUUUUGAGGGAAGGGGCCUCCUGGCUGUCCGGGAAGGCUUCUGUUUGCCCUGGGGCUUGGAUGCCACCCCCAAGAGCGAAGUAAUCCUGACGGACUCGGAGGCAGGCGCGCUCUACCGCUUGGCGGCCGACUUCCAAAGGGGGGAAUUAAAGACGUGCCAGAUGAUCCGGUCCCGGCUUGUCAGCCCCAGGGCAGUUGCAGUCUGCCAGACCUCGGGUACUGUCGUGGUAAUAGAGCACCUGAAAGCUCGAGGUGCGAGCAGGGGCAGCACCCGAGUGACGAUAUUCAGUGCGGAGAUGGAUCUCAUCGGCCAGAUGGACAGCUUUGGCCUGAACCUCGUUUUCCCCUCCAGAAUAUAUGCUACGGCUGUGGCCUUUGACAAAGAAGGUCGUGUUAUAGUAACGGAUGUUUGUAGCCAGGCUGUCAUAUGCUUAGGAAAACCUGAGGAAUUUCCCAUCUUUAAUCCUCUAAUUAGUCACGGGCUUUCUUAUCCUGUUGGACUGACUUACACGGAAGACAAUUCCCUCGUCGUUUUAGACAGCGGUGAUCAUUCAGUGAAGGUAUAUAGCUCUGCCUGAGUGAGCUGAGAUGCUUACUGCUGCAGGCUCAAGCUGCUUCUGGCCAUAAAGCAUGGGGAGUUCUGGAGUUUGUAGGAGUGGAGGGAGGGGGUGGUUUUGGGGCUUUGAGUGAAGUCAGCCUCUGACCAACACGCCGUGCUUCCUGCAAAACUUGUAUCACAUCUCUUGCCUACCUGUGGGAGAGGACCUGGCUGUUGCUGCCUGUAGCCAACAGCAAAUCAACCAAAGAAAUCGCUUAGCAUUUUAAACUAUUCCAUGCCUUGACAACAAGUGGUUUUGGUUCUUUUUGACACGUAAUCAAAGACCAGCACGUGUGAAAGUAGUGCAUCAUUUAUUUAUAUUUCCCAGCACAUACUUAUCACUAUUCUUAAUUAAGUAUAGAUACACUCCUGACAGAACUGUUUCCAGGAAUUGUGCGCAAGGAAGGAGAUUGCCUUGACAGAAUGAUAGGAGAAUUGGAACCCUCCAUUCAAGGCUGCAUAAAUCCAGCUAAAAUCAUUGUGAUGGAGGAGCUACCACUGAUGAGUGAGUUAUAAGAAGUGAAAUCAUGUUCAAAGUCUAUUUUUUCCAGGAAAAUGCAUUUCUGGGGGCACUCUUCUCUCCUAGUUUCUUUCCAGCUUUAUUAAGGUUGUACUGGAGCACUUUGUCUUCCUCUGAAAUGCCCAAGUCUGUGUUUUUACCUGGAGAUAAUCUGGUGUAUGGUUACACAGCGUGGGCUGCUUUGCCUAAAAGCCUCUUGAAGUAUUCACGUUUAGACCACAAAUACUCCUGCAUAUGUAAGUUUGAGUUGGCUCUGCUGCUAACAUAGCUACAUGUAGGAGGUUUUCAGCACUACCUGCCCCUGUUUUAUCAUUAAUAUGGUGCUUUUGCAUUCCCAAACCCCAGGAUUCAACUGCAAAUUGAAAUGUUAGUGAGAGGUAAGCCUCAUUUUUUUUUUUGUACCUUCCAAAUGAGAUUUUGUUAAUUGUGAACACACAGGAGAUUUAGAUCAGUUUAUAUUCUCUUGUUUUACUCACAGUGAUAUUAUAUUCUCAUUUAUAUUCUCACAGUUUUACUGUGGACACAAGUCCUUUUGCCUUGUUGCAUAGUGGAAAUUAUGGUAUAGAUGACUUAUUUUGAGAAGGGUUUAAUACCCCCACUAGAAGUCACUGCUGCAUUUUUAGGCAUUUACUUGCUGCUAAAAUGAUUACUUAGGUAGUUCCACAUUAAAAUGAAGUUAGAUAUAAAUGUAAAUGCUAUCUGAGGUAGAGAUGAGUAGAUUAAAAUGGCAUAAAACUUUGGGGGUCAUUUCUUUGUUUUAGUAAUUGAAAUCAUUAAUAUUAACUAAUGUAAUUUGCAAUUCACAGGCAAUCUAUCAGUAAAUUUUUUAUCUGGCUUUUGGUCUGACUUCAGGGCAUUUAAUAACUGCAUGUGUUACAGCACCAGUGAUUUACCAAAUACUUGCAUUAAACUGGAGCAGUUUAGCCCUCUAAUUCAGCCAAUGUGUUAAUCUGUCUCAUGUCAACAUUUAUAUAAACAAAACAAAUGUAUUAAUUGCAGUUAUUUGUAAAGGUUAAUUGAACAGUGACCUGCCAAUAAAGUGUGAUCUGCUUA